AAACAACUGGGGCCGACACGCACUCGAGCGCGUAUCUGCCUGGUGAAGACCUGCUCCUAAUAGUGCAGCAAAGGGCCACGGAGAAACUGUCAGUAACUCUUUGGCCUUUUUUGCCGCAAUAGUGCUCGUUCAAAGCCCGCAUUACGUACCCGUUGUCUCUUGCGUCACGCUGCAGGCACCUCCGAGUCCGACUCUCCCGUCUCCUCCGAGUUUGCCUUGAGUCUUGGCCCCGGCCGCGGAAGGCCCACUUCCGGCACUCUUCUUACCUCCCGUUGCCCCCCUCCUUGUCGAGGUCUCGGAAGCAAAUUUUUGCGGCUCAUCAUGGAUACCGACGACGGCGUGCAAGCGGAUCUCCCGGGCUCCGCCGCCAACGCCUCGGAGCCGUUGGCGUGCGUGACUUGCCGGUCCCGAAAGCUUAAGUGUGAUAGAGUGAAGCCGGCAUGUAGCCGAUGCUUGAAAGUGAAGGGAGAAUGCGUGUAUCCGGAAUCGAGAAGGAAGCCAGCCUUCAAGCGGAAGAAUGUGAAGGAGCUCGAGGAGAGGCUAGCGCAAGUGGAAGAUCUUCUCAAAGAAGCUGCCGGCAAGGGGAAUGGGGCGCUGCCCUCUGAGGGUGAUCUGGAUAGCCGGAUCAAUAUUGGCAUGGACGACUUCCAUGUUGACAUUGAGACCAUCAUGGCUAUGCAAAACGGUACAUUUGACGACGGAACCUCGGGCUUCCACACGGGGCCGAAUAUGAACAAGACGGUCCCGCCCUCACAACCUGGAGCACCCAGCUUCGCCGACGCCUCGGGGGAACUCAUGGGACUAGGGCUCUCAGAGGCUUUACCCCCUUUUGAGAUGAUAGAGGAGCUGAACAAAAGCUUCUUUGAGAGGCAGCAGCAUUUCAUCCCAAUCAUCCACCCCGGUCGAUAUCUCCAGGCCUUCUACUCGGCGCCUCAUAAACGCCCACCCAUGUGUCUGCAGUAUGCGGUUUGGUCCAUGGCCUCUAACGGGCAUGAGAAGUAUAGCCAGUACCACGACAUCUUCUAUAAACGGGCUCGACAAUACGCAGAUGCGGAUGAGAUGAAGGGGUUCGGCGAGCACUUCCUCACCAUACAACACGCGCAAGCGUGGGCUCUUAUCGCGACGGACGAAGCGAGGUCUCUUUUCUUCACGAGAGCGGCCAUGAGCUCGGCAAAGUGCGUACGACUCGUGGAGAUGAUGGGUCUUCACCGCAUCGACGGCGAUGGGCAGGAGAUGGCGCCGACGCUUGCGCCGCCCACGUCGUGGGUUGACCUUGAGGAGCGGAGGAGGGCGUUCUGGGGCGCGUAUUGCAUCGACUGCCACGCGAGUAUUGCGACUGGUUGGCCUACUCUCAUUGAUCCUAACGAAAUCACGACACAUCUCCCUUCAUCCGAAGAGGCCUUCAACUCGGCUCGCGAAGAAAAAACGUCAACCUUGCCAGAAGCCUUCCAAGGGGCGUCGUACUCGACCUUUGCGGGCGCCGUCAUCAUGUGCUACAUCUUCAAUAUGCUCCUGAAACACGUCCACUGGGAGCGGCCCAACGACAGGCCCGCGGACGUUGAGUACGGCGAGUUCUGGAAGCGGCACAGAGACAUUGACAACAUGCUCUCGAGCGCCUUCAUGUUCUUGCCGGAGCGCUUCCGUCUACCGCAGAGCAUGCGCGACCCUACGUCCGUUCACACGAACCUCAACCUCCAUGCCUCGGUCAUCUGCCUCCACCACGCCGCGAUUGACAGGAUCGAGCGGAACAAGCUCCCCGAACAGCUCAAGGCCGCCUCGGAGCUGCGGCUGCGGACGGCGGCGGAGGAGGUGGUGAACAUCAUCAAGUUGACGAGCCACAUGAACUCUGGCUAUAAAAGUCCUAUGGUCGCCUUAUCGCUCUACUCGGCGGCGUCAGUGUAUGUCUACACGGCAAAAUGCAACUUGGACACCGGCUUCUCGACGGCGGACCUGCAGAACCUGAAAUUCAUCAUCAACGCCAUGGAGGCGAUUGGGAGGCGGCACAUCAUUACGCAGGCCUUUCUCCAGCAGAUCUUUAUGGAUAUCGAGCGCAACGGCCUGUCGGGCGUCAUCGACCUGCCCAACCUGGCAAACUACAAAAACCUUUUUGGCUGGACGUCGUCCAACAUCCCACUGCUCGCGCGAACGUCCAUCUCGAAGCACACCGAAAUCCAGCCGCCCUUGCCCGGCAGGCUGCCGCUCGGUAAU